GAAGGAGAUCACUGAACUGAGGAAUCAGCUGAUGGAAAAAGACAAAUGUCUUUAUGAAUUGAAGGAACAAACCCAGAUGGUCAAGAAGACUCUUCAGUUUCAGACGGGAGGUCUCUCUGCAAAAAAGGGAAAACUGGAGAAAGAGACCAAGUUUAGAGUGAAGUGUGAAAAAGAAGUAGCCAAUCGCAAAAAUAAACUGGAGAGACUAGAACAAGCAGCUAAAGCAAAGCAAGCAAAGGAGAGAAAGACGGAGGCUCACGAGCUGGCAUUGGAAAAACUGUCAAUGCUGAAGAAAGAGCUGCAAGAAAAAAGAAACUAUCACCUGGAACUGACACAGAGAUUAAAAAUGGAAGAGGAAGCAGAACCAAAAGUGAUGAAGGAUCAGGUCGAAGCUGAGGAUAUCAACACGAUCCCAGCACCUCUUCCAGAACCAGAAGUCAUGAAGGAUCAGGUUCAGCCUGAGGAAAUCAACAUGAUCCCAGCACCUCUUCCAGAACCAGAAGUCAUGACGGCUCAGGUCGAGGCUGAGGAAAUCAACAUGAUCCCAGCACCUCUUCCAGAACCAGAAGUCAUGAAGGAUCAGGUCGAGGCUGAGGAAAUCAACACGAUCCCAGCACCUCUUCCAGAACCAGAAGUGAUGAAGGAUCAAGUCGAGGCUGAGGAAAUCAACACGAUCCCAGCACAUCUUCCAGAACCAGAAGUGAUGAAGGAUCAAGUCGAGGCUGAGGAAAUCAAUACGAUCCCAGCACCUCUUCCAGAACCAGAAGUGAUGAAGGAUCAGGUUGAGGCUGAGGAUAUCAACACGAUCCCAGCACCUCUUCCAGAACCAGAAGUGAUCUCGAAACAGACGGAGGCUCACAAGCUGGCAUUGGAAAAACUGGCAAUGCUAAAGAAAGAGCUGCAAGAAAAAAGAAAUUAUAAUCUGGAACUGAAACAGAGAUUACAAAUGGAAGAGGAAGCAGAACCAGAAGUCAUGAAGGUUCAGGUCGAGGCUGAGGAAAUCUCCAUGAUCUCAGCACCUCUUCCNGAUCCCAGCACCUCUUCCAGAACCAGAAGUGAUGAAGGAUCAGGUUCAGCCUGA